GAAAUCGUUGCAGAAUGCCAGGCCUGCUUUCUUCUACCUCCCUCUCUCUCUCUCUAUCUCUACUCUCCCACCCCCACCACCCCUUCCUUAUAUCUCUCUAUAUAAACCUCUCCUUUCUUAUGGGGUUCUAUUCUUCUUGGGUUAAUUCUUCUUCUUCUUCUUCUUCUUCUUCUCUCUGUCUCUCUCCAUCCUUCCAACAACAACAUAAGUGAUAGAGUGAGAACAUAAAGAGGAGGGAGAGAUGGGUGGUGAUUGCACCCCUACCUUGGCCAUGGUGUUGGUUCAAGUGGGCUUUGCCGGCUUGAACGUGGUGUCGAAGCUGGCCCUCGACGACGGCAUGAGCCCUUACGUGAUGAUCGCCUACCGUCAGAUCGUCGCCACCCUCUUCAUCUCCCCUAUCGCCUUCUUCCUUGAGAGAAAAACUCGCAUGGCGAUUUCGGGCAAAAUUAUUUUCCAGAUUUUCCUGUGCUCGUUAUUCGGUGCUACAAUGAAUCAGCUAUUAUACUUCAUUGGGCUCAAAUAUUCGACGCCUACGAUUGCAUCUGCCCUCAACAACAUGCUGCCGGCCAUCACGUUCAUCAUGGCCGUUCCUUUCAGGAUUGAGACAAUAGGGAUUCGAACGUUAGCAGGGCAAGCGAAGGUGAUUGGGACAAUGCUAUGCGUAGGUGGCUCCAUGGAGAUGACCCUUUACAAAGGAAGUCUUGUGAAGAUUUGGUCGUCCCACGUCCACUGGAGGUAUGCCGAGAACAUGACAUCUAGCAGUGGCUCCGAUGGUGGACACAACAUGGCCCUUGGGGCCGCUUUGGUUAUCGCUAGCUGCACAACUUGGGCUAUCUGGUUCAUUAUUCAGGCUAAGAUGAGUGAAAGCUUCUCUUCCCCUUAUACAAGCUCAGCUUUAUUGUGCUUCAUGGCGGCCAUUCAGUGCUUGGUUAUUGGAGCUGGGGUGGAGAGGAAGCUCUCAGCAUGGAGCCUUGGUUGGGACAUCAGACUGGCAGCUUCACUUUACAUUGGCAUAGUUGGCUCAGGGUUAGCAGUUUCACUGAUGUCCUGGUGCAUAGAGAAGAAAGGACCCCUGUAUGUAUCAAUGUUCAGCCCACUGCAGCUCGUUGUCGUCGCAGUCCUUGGAUGGGCAAUCCUUGAUGAGAAGCUCUACGUUGGAAGUGUUGCAGGCUCAAUCCUAAUAGUGGCAGGACUCUACUUUGUUCUUUGGGGGAAGAGAAGAGAACUGAAGAAGCUGAGCAACAUAGGUGGGAAGAACAUGGAAGAGGAGCUUGAGGAAGGAGGAGGCAGUACUCUAGCCAUUGGCAUGCCCAUGUGUUGCAGUCCUGGUCUUGAGGCCCGAGAUGGCCAACCUCAAGAAAUUGGAGUAAAAGUAUCAGAAGUCGCAGUAGAAUUUGAGGUUUCUCAUGGGUCAACGAAUGAGAAGAAUGCAUAGUAGAGUUUUAGGUUUUUGAUGGCUCACCGAGUUAAGAGAACCCACACAACAAUUAGAACGCAUGCUCAUUGAGGAACUCAGGUGAAAUGGUGGUUCAGAAAACAAAGGAUGUCUUUAUCUGUGUUGUUGUGUGCGGGUGAGACACAAUGCGAGGAGUAACAUAUUCAGUGGAUGUAAUACCAUGACAAAUUACGGUGAACAAGAAAGCAAAACAUGAUUACGUAAACUCUUAUUUAUGUAGGAUUUCAAAUAUUAUUGCUAGAUUCACAUGCAUGUCUUUGAAACUAAUUUCUAGAUCGUGUGAAUCAUACUGAUGCCUCUUCUUGUAUGGAGGGUGCCAUCAAUUACCAACAAAGACGUUU